AUGGAUGUCUCCUCCUCUGCUGUGCUAUGGAGGGACUGGUCUGGUCUCGGGGAUGGGCCAGCGGGGCUGAUCGCCGACCAUGUCCUCGCCUACGACGUCGGGGACUGCGUGCGCUUCCGCGCUGUCUGCCGCGCGUGGCGGCGGUGCUCCGCUGACCCGCGCGCGCACGGCGGCCUCGACCGCCGGUUCCAUCCCUGGCAGUGGACCAUGCUCCGGGAGGUGCUGGUCGCUCCCAACCGCCGCUCCUUCCUCAACACGUCUACCGGCCAGUGCAUCCAGGUCGACAUCCCGGAGCUCCACGACCACAAGCUGCUCGCGCCCACCUCCGAGGGCCUCCUUGUCCUGAUCCACGACCGCAAGCACAUCCGUCUGCUCAACCCACUCACCCGCCACCUCACCGAGCUCCCACCGAUCACCACGCUGGUGGCCCGAACAUACCACCGCCACCUUCUGGAGCAAAAUCCCAAUUUCAUGACCUGCUUCGCAGCGUGGGGCUCCGGCUUUGCAGAUGAUUCUACUACGUUCUUGCUCUGCUUCAGCAGGCUACGCAUGCUUGGCAUGGCCAAGCCCGGGGACGACCAAUGGACGGUGCUACAAUACCACAGUGAUGGCAUAACAAGUGCACCCCUAAUGUUUGCAGGACGCUUCUACUGUGCUACCCGCGAUGGUGUCGUGGUGCUGGACACCGAUCCAGAUAUGCCACGGCUGAAGGUGGCUCCCAAGCUGAAGGGUAUGUGUGUCUCGCCAAUUUCUGACACUGUGCACCUCGUCAACAACCAUGGGGAGCUGCUGUUGGUGCACCGUCGCAAGGGACCAUUGACACCGGGGAACAAAUUGGGUCGGCGGUACGACACGUAUCGAGUGGAUUUGGACACCGGGACACUAGUCCCGCUCAAGAGCUUGGGCGAUGCAGGGCGUGCAAUUUUCAUGGGCAUGGAUUGCUCUCUCUCGGUGUCUCUAGAGGUUUUCCCCUCCGGCUCCAUUAGCGCUGACACCAUGUACUUGAGCUUCGACUUCUCCGAGAGAAAACUGUUAAAGGUUGGAGCAUAUCAUCUCGCAGAUGGAAGCGUCGAACUCCGCUGUAGCUUGGUGCCACGCCCGCAUACUCUCGUUGACUGUCUGGCUCUGAAUUGUUGA